UCAAUGCUUACAUCAUUUUAUCGAUUUUUUCAACUAGCCAAGCGGGCCAUAACCGCUUUACACUCUCGCUCGGAUUAAAAAGCUUUAGACAGGUGGAAGGCGUACGUUUGUGUGGAUAUAGAAGAGAAAGGUUUUUGCGACACAAGUGUGUGUGGAUUGAACUAGAGCCACACACACAAGUGUCACAUUUUUUUGUUUCCUUUCUCUCAAGGAUUUCGACUUUUAAGUCAAAAAUUUUUCUUUUUUUUUUCAACAAUUUUUUUUAAAUUUCUUUUUUGGGAUCACACACAAGCUUUUUAAUCUUUUUGAGACAUUAAAAUGAUCAUCGAUUAUAGCGUUCAUUAAUUCCUUUAAAAGUUGAAAAGUUUGUUCUUUUUAUGUUUGGGACUUGGUUAAAUCUGUGGGCAAAGGCUGUGAUUUUUUGGGAAUUUUUCUUUAGAGUUUUUUGCCUGGCGAUGUGUGUGAUGUCCUGUUCGAGGUUCUAUUUUCAGAAGGAACUCCUAAAUAAGCGAGUUUUCGACAACUUUUUAUGGGAAUGGUUGAGGACGUCGCUCAACUUGGUGUUGCCUAAGGUCUGAACCAAAGGUGAAGCUUCGAAUUUUGGGAAGCUUUCCUUGGCUUGUCUGGGAAUAAGUGUGCUAUCAUUUUCGAGUUUUUAAUUCCCUUAGCAAGUCUUGAAGAGGCGAGUUUUUGACGACUUUAUCAAGAGGGUUGAGAACUUCAACUUGAUGUUGCCUAAAGCUCUGAAGCAAGGGUGCUUCCCGGUCAAGACUUUUCUAUUUUUUUUCUUACCUGUCGAGGCUUCCCCAAAUCGUUGUCCAUAGCAUUCCAGGAUAGGAAGGUUGAAAUAUCCAGCAAAACACCCUUCGUAAGGUGGGUUACUGGGACAUGUGUUCAUUCUCGUGUGAUGUAUUUGG